UACGUACCACAGUAACAGCAGGGCGUAUAUCUAAAUGUGGGUUCUGGACUUUUCCAGACAAACGCAGAGAAAUCUUUGUCCUCUUUUUAACUUCCAUCCUUUCUGCGCAAUUCAUUCGCAUAACCUUUCAAAUUAGCUCAAUUUCAGCGGUAGAGAAUGUCAGGACAAUACUUGUCGUCGAUCAAGAUGAAGAGGAAGGAGCUUGACGAUGUUAGUGACGAUUUCUCCGAUUUUUCUCUCUCUUCGCCGGCUCGAAAGAUUCGCCGUCUGGACGCAGAGUUGCCGCCAAUAAUGGAGGAAGAGGAGGCAGAGAUGCAUCCCCCAGCGGUUUUUGUUGGAGGUGUUGAAGAGAAGCAGCAGCCAAUGGUGGAUUCUGGAGUAGGAAACCAAGAGAGGGCUAUUGUGGUGUUCAAGCCUGUUAAAACUAACCCUCUCUUACAUUCUUCAUCUAAUUUUUCAGUCUCUGUCGAUUCUGACUUGGUUUAUGGAAUUAAAAGUCAAUUUCUUAGGUCAAGCUGCAAUGGUAACAUAAGGUUGGCCGAGGAAGAAAGAGAAGCAACAAAUGAAUGCAUGGCAGUUGUUCCGUGGGUUCCUUCACAGGCUGCUUUCGCACGAGGCAUCGAUACCUCUCAAGCAGAAGCUCCAGAUCUAAUGGAAGCCGAACAAGUUGGGGAAGAAACAAUGGAAAUUGAAUUUGAAGGCAACAAUACUAUUCAAAGCAAUGAGCUUGAAUCCGGUGGAAUGAUGAGUGGGACCCAAGGCUUGCCUCAAUGGCAGCAACAGCAUUGUUUGAUACCACAGCUACCUCAAAACACUUCCACUCCUAUCACAUGGUUCCAAUAGCAUAGCAGUAGACCAAUAGUUAAAAUGUAGGUAAAAAUGUGGUUUAGAGACUGAGAAAGGAAUAUGCAUGUUGGGGGUUUUUACUUGGGAGGGCCUACUCUUGUCUUGGGAGAUGUGUACCGAGUAGGUGGCUGGUGGUGUUGGAAUAGAAUCAAUUCGGUGGAGAUUCUUUUCCUUUCUUCUAUUUUCUCCUAAAAAAAUAGUUGUUACUCUGUACAGUAUUAUCGGCUUUAAGUUUCAGGCUGUUUGUUUGGGGUUUUAUCAAUGCAUUUGGGACUUCUUCUUCAACUCUCAA